GCAGGAGCCGUGCCAGCCGAAGAUGGCGUUUCCUGGGCAGCCGGCGCCCGGCGGCGGUUUCUACCAGGGCGGGUAUGGAGGCGCUCCAGGAGGGCCAGCAUUCCCUGGACAAGCUCAGGAUCCUUUGUACGGUUAUUUUGCUGCAGUAGCAGGGCAGGAUGGACAAAUAGAUGCUGAUGAGCUACAGAGAUGUCUCACCCAGUCAGGGAUUGCAGGAGCAUAUAAACCUUUCAACUUAGAGACUUGCAGACUCAUGAUCUCAAUGCUGGAUAGGGAUAUGUCUGGCACACUGGGAUUUAGUGAGUUUAAAGAACUCUGGGCUGUGGUCAAUGGCUGGAAGCAACACUUCAUAAGUUUUGACAACGAUAGAAGUGGUACAGUGGAUCGUCAAGAACUGGAGAAAGCCUUGAUGAAUAUGGGAUUUAGACUGAGCCCACAGGCAGUGACUGCAAUCACAAGGCGAUACAGCACUCGUGGAAAGAUUACAUUUGAUGAUUACAUUGCCUGCUGUGUGAAACUCAGAGCUCUCACUGAAUGUUUUAGAAGAAGGGAUACAUCUCAGCAGGGUUUUGUGAACUUCCAGUAUGAUGAUUUCAUACAGUGUGUUAUGAGUGUCUAAAUCAAAAGGAAGCAAGCCGUGGAUGAUCACAAUUAACAUUCCAGUUUGUGUGUUGCUUUGCCAAAUCUUCCAAUGAUUGUGUAUUUCAAUAUUGGAAAUUGCAUAUUUUAUGAAGGUAUCGCUUUACACACUUGCAUUUUUUUUUUAUUUUGACAAUGACUAUAAACUACUCCUGUACUAUCAUCUUUAACUCUCAACCUGUGACUAUUAAAGAUGUUUUUAUUUUCAUAACUUGCAAUUCACUAUGUGUAACUUAAAUUAUGCAGAUAGUAAGUUUUUCUGUAGUGUGUUUACUUUUUUCCUGUGAUUCACUAAACCAGUUCCUGGAGUGAAACUUACCUUUUUCUGUCUUAAACAGUAUCAUGUGUAUGACAUAAGAUGAUACAUAUUCUUUUGUCUUUGACAGCAUAAGACACAUGUACAAACUGAUAGAGCUUUUGGAAUGAUCAUUUUAUGCUGGUCUGUUAGAACUCCAGUAGAUUUAAGCUGCUUAUUUUGACAGCUAGCUGUUUUCAAGAUGCACUCUGUGACACCAUGCACUGAGUGCAAGACUACCUGUUAGAACUUCAGGGAUGCAACAAAACACAGCAGAGAACUCUCUUCUAGCAGUGUGCUCUUGUAUAGGGGGCUUUUGUUCCACUAAGAUGCUUGCUCUGUUUGUGUCACUAUAUAAAACACUUUUAAACGUACAAAAACUACGCUGUGUCAGUUUAUACAUUAACUUUCCUUUAACAGUGAACUUCUAAGCUGACAGACUUCAGUUACAUGUAAAUUAAUGUUUCUAUCAUCUCCUCCACUUUAAACCCUAACAAGUUGCCUUUCCUGCCUCUAUAUGCCAACUGUAGGGCCAAACCCCACUUUAAAAAAUUCUUGCCAGAUUACUAUUUCAGAUCACAGCAGUUAUUACCAAUGCUGUAGAAUUUACAGGAAAGCAGAUACAGAAAGGCAGGACUUUUUUGCCUGAG